GGAGGAGGAGCGGUGGGAUGGCGGCGGGGGCGAGCGGCGGCGGCGGGCUGCUGCCCUUCCUGCGGCUGCUGGGGCAGCUGAAGAGGACGCCACGGACGGGAUGGGUGUACAGGAACGUGGCAAAGCCGGAGAGCGUGUCCGAUCAUAUGUACAGGAUGGCGAUGAUGGCUUUGGUGACUGAAGACAAAAGCCUUAACAAGGACAGAUGCAUACGAUUAGCUUUGGUUCACGAUAUGGCUGAAUGCAUUGUUGGAGACAUUGCUCCUGCAGAUAAUAUCUCAAAAGAGGAGAAGCACAGGAGAGAAGAGGCAGCUAUGCAACAACUGAGCCAGCUUCUAUCAGAGGACCUCAGAAAAGAAGUCUAUGAACUCUGGGAGGAAUAUGAAAACCAGUCUACUGCAGAAGCCAAGUUUGUGAAACAGUUGGAUCAGUGUGAGAUGAUACUGCAAGCUUUGGAGUACGAAGAGUUGGAAAACACACCUGGCAGACUGCAGGAUUUCUACGAUUCGACGGCUGGAAGGUUUGUUCACCCAGAAAUACUCCAGCUUGUAUCUCUGAUUAACACAGAAAGGAAUAAAAAAAUAGCUGCUACAUCUCAGCCACCUUCCUGAGGUGUUCCUAAAUGCCGUAGCUAUAAUAAAUACUUUGUUUUAUA